UAGAAUCCCGAGAUGCUGACCAGGAAAAUCAAGUUGUGGGACAUCAAUGCCCACAUUACCUGUCGUCUGUGUGAGGGUUACUUAAUUGAUGCCACCACAGUAACAGAAUGUUUACAUACGUUCUGCAGGAGCUGCCUGGUGAAGUACCUGGAAGAGAACAACACUUGUCCAACGUGCAGAAUUGUGAUUCAUCAGAGCCAUCCUCUACAGUAUAUUGGUCAUGACCGAACAAUGCAAGAUAUUGUCUACAAGCUGGUCCCUGGACUUCAAGACGGUAGUUUGAAAAAGUUGAAAAAACAGAGAGACUUUUAUCAGAAACUUGGAAUGGAAGUGCCUGGAGAUGUCAAAGGUGAAAUGUGCUCGACAAAGCCAUACCUAGACCCACAACGAAAUGGUGAACCAAAACCAGAAGACACAUCAAACAAAGAGACAACAGAAGAGAAGCAGGAGGAAGAUAAUGAUUACCACAGAAGUGACGAGCAGGUAAGCAUCUGCUUGGAAUGCAAUAGCAGCAAGCUGCGGGGAUUGAAACGAAAAUGGAUCCGCUGCUCAGCACAGGCCACAGUCCUCCAUUUGAAAAAGUUCAUAGCCAAAAAGCUCAACUUGGCAUCAUUUAAUGAGUUGGAUAUUUUAUGCAAUGAAGAAAUCUUGGGCAAGGACCACACUUUGAAAUUCGUAGUCGUAACAAGAUGGAGAUUUAAGAAGGCACCCCUCCUGCUGCAUUACAGACCUAAAAUGGACUUACUGUAGGACAGGGCGGUUGUUUUGGACCAGGACAAUGGAACGUUAUUCUUAUGCAGAGACUAUCAUCUAGCACGUCAUGUGACGCAAACCAGCAAACCACACACAGGAACUUCUGAUGCUGUAACCGUGGGGAAAAAAACAACCUUACUUUGUCCUCUGUGUCCUAGAUAUGUGAAAAAUUCAAGGAAAGCAUAUAUUUAUACUUUUGUACAGAAGAGAGAAUGGAAAAGGAACCAAGACACUACUGGUACUUAGUUUACAGAACAAAAAAAAAAAAAACACUUUACAGUUUUAUACUUUCGGACAUCACUUCUUCCUUUGCUGCAAACCUACCAGGCUUUAUAUUUUUUACACCCAAACCAAUUUUAAAACAACCGGACACGGUGAAGAAAAGAAGAGGAGGUGGAAAGUUUUUACCAAUCCAUUUUCUUUCAGGUUUCACUUUGUAAGUCUUGGAGCACAGAAAGUAUAUAUAGAUAUAUAAAAUAAUUUCUAAGCUGUUUUUUUUUCAGUUGUGUAUCGUCUUCUGGCAAUUUUUUGGUUCAAUUACUUACUUUGAGUCAAUUUGUGAAUAUGCUGAGUUUAAUAUUUUUUGUGUAGUUAUUUAUGUUCUAUAUACCAAUCUUGUAUAUAAAAGUCAUUAGGAGGGCUUUUGAGAGAUAUGUUGUCAUGGUUUCCAAGAGCUAUACUGGGGCUACAUUUAUUUAUGUAGGUCUAAAAAAUGGAACAUGAAA